AUGGCGCCCUCCUCAGCCUCCACCGUCCAGGUCACCAGUGAGUCCCUCUUCGAUAGUGAGGUCGUCCCCUCCUCGAUCGUCGAGGUCGCACCCUACCUCCGCGUCGCCAACGAGGUCGAGGCAAGCAACCCACGCGUCGCCUACCUAUGUCGAUUCUUUGCCUUCAGGCUGGCCAACAAUCUCGACCCCACCGCCAGCGGCUGCGGUGUCCAUGAAUUCAAGACCGCGCUCCUGCAGAAGCUUGAAAUUGAGAAUGAUUCCACCUUGAAGGGAAGGGUUGAGCAGAGUGAUGCACGCGAAAUGCGGAGUUUCUACCAGCACUACUACAAGACGUACAUCACGGCACUCCAAAAUGCCGCCGAUACAGCUGACCGUGCUCAGCUCAAAAAGGCGUAUCAGACUUCAAAUGUGUUGUUUGGGGUCCUAAAGGACGCCGUUCAUGUUUCACAGAAGAUCCAAGUUGAUCACGCGAUUCUGGAAUCAAACAACCAAGUCGGGGAAAAGAAAAAGGUGUAUCUUCCUGACAGUGCUAAUCAGACUAUUAUGAGAUAUCCCAAGAUCCAAGCAGCUUUGCAUGCCCUUAGUGACACCAGGGGUCUGCCAUGGCCCAAGGGCCAUGAAAAGAAGGCUGAUGCAGAUCUUCUUGAAUGGCUUCAGGCCAUGUUUGGGUUUCAGAAAGAUAAUGUGUCCAAACAGAGAGAACAUCUCGUACUAUUGCUUGCCAACAUGCAUAUAAGGCAGAUCUCCAAACCUGAACAACAACCAAAGUUAGAUGACCAUGUGUUGGAUACAACAAUGAAGAAGCUAUUCAAGAACUACAAGAGAUGGUGCAAGUACCUUGGUCGCAAAACCAGCUUAUGGCUGCCGACAAUUCCACAAGAAGUACAACAGCGUAAGCUUCUCCAUAUGGGCCUUUAUCUGCUCAUAUGCGGCGAGGCGGCUAACUUGCGAUUUAUGCCGGAGUGUCUUUGCUACCUCUUUCAUCAUAUGGCUUUUGAAUUGUAUGGUGUGUUGGCUGGAAACGUGAACCCAAUAACUGGUGAAUAUGUUAGACCAUUCUAUGGUGGCGAAGAGGGAGCCUUCUUGAAGAAAGUCGUGACUCCAAUUUCCAGAAUCACAGAAAUGGAGAAAGCUGAAAGGAGCGGGACAAUAAAAUCAAAACACUCGCAUCGGAGAAACUAUGAUGAUCUCAAUGCGUACUUUUGGUCAAAAGACUGUUUCCAAUUAGGAUGGCCAAUGAGAGCCGAUGCAGAUUUUUUCAAGAAGAGGCGCAACCUGUGUGAGUUGUGCUCUUCUUCCACACCACAAGUGUGUGUGCGUCUGUGCUUCAUCUUGGCCACAGUCAGGUCUUGGGUCCAACAGUCACGGCGGCGGUGCUGGUGGAGUGGACGAGGCUCGCCAGAGUUCAUUUGGUCGUCAACAGUUAGUGAUGGGCCAGUGAGUGAUCUGGAGUACUGCUUGCUUGGCAACAAAUGA